AGCGGGGAAACAGCUUUGGUCUCGAAGACCAAGAUCCCUGCUCCCCGCUCCCUUCAACACGGCCCGUUCGCUCUCUCAGAACCCUGCAGAAGGGAGCUGGUUGCGGGGGGCGGCCCUGGUGUCACCCUAUAGGCCCUACUCCCCAAAGACAUACUCCAGGAACCUUGCCCUCUUGCAGCUGAGAGAAGCCACAGAGAUCCCAGACCUGAACCAGUGAAAAGGCUCCCUGAAGGAUGGGUGAGACCUUCUCCCAGCUGGGCUCUCUGGAGGAGGUGAACAAGUCCAUCCUGUCCCAGGACCCAGCCAUUGGCAGCAAAGCCACCAGCUACUCCAGCACCAGUAGCAGCAAGUUCUUUAGUUCCUGUGUGCCUUGUGAAGGGGUUGCUGGUGGCGGCUUUGUGACUUGUCCCACCUGCCAGGGCAGCGGGGAGAUCCCCCAAGAGCUGGAGAAGCAGCUGGUAGCCCUCAUCCCCUACGGGGACCAGAGGCUGAAGCCCAGACACACGAAGCUCUUCGUGUUCCUGGCAGUGCUCAUCUGCCUGGUGACCUCUACCCUCAUCAUCUUUUUCCUGUUUCCCCGCUCCAUCACUGUGCAGCCUGCGGGGCUGAACUCCUCCUCAGUGGCCUUUGAUGACGUUGAUAUCCACCUCAACACAACGAAUGUCUUGAACAUCUCCAAUCGCAACUACUACCCCAUCACUGUGACCCAGCUGGCCAUUGACGUUCUGCAUCUCUCCCUUGUGGUGGGGCAGGUCUCCCAGAGCCUCUUCCUGCCCAUUGGCCCUUUGACCAGUAAACAGAUGUUUUACACGGUGACCAGCAGCAUAUUGGAUGAAAAUACAUACAAAAUCUGUACCUGGCAGAAAAUCAAAGUCCAUCAUGUGCUUUUGCACAUCCAGGGCACCCUGACCUGUUCCUACCUGAGCCAUUCAGAGCAGCUGGUUUUCCAGAGCUAUGAGUACGUGGACUGCCAGGGAAACUCGUCGGUGCCCCACCUGCUGGCCUCUCACCCACCGUGACCUGUCUACUGUCCCCACACUCCGGGUACCUGCCAGCCUGGUCUGUAUCUCCCACAACUCUGUUGUGCCCAAGGAUGGACUAUAGUGACUUUUCCAAAGGAAAAACCCUGCCUUAUCCUCCCCACACCCCCAUCUGCCAUACACACACAUCACAUCCUCUGAUUUUCCACAGGAAUAGAAACUUGGUUCCCCUAGAGGCUGGAAUCUGAUUCUGCCCUUGGUCUGCCUUGAAGUCCCAGGGCUGGCUGUCCUGCCUGAGUGUAGAGAAAGCUGAGGUUUUAUCUGGCUUCCCAUGGACCUUUUUCAAGUUCUCCAUCCAGUGAUAGGACAGUGACUUUGGGAGCAUCCACUGCUGCCUCCAACACCUUCUAGGAGUUCAUAGAUGCUCUCCUGUCCCUCCCUGCUUUGAUCAUGUGACAAAGUGAUGGUUGUGAACUGUCUCUCUCCUAGUAACUUGUCCCCUGCCCAUCUGACAGCAAGAUUAGCCAAGUCUUUGGCCCUCUGUCCUUCCUGGUCAAUAGGUUCCUAGGUUCCUAGGAAGACAGAGCUGUGCUCUCCAGAGAAAGCUCUUCCUCUCCGUAAAAUAAUGGUCUUAUUCAGCAGGAGUCAAAGUAGUUUAGGAAGGGAGGAAGGCACCUGGGCACCCCCUGGGCCUACACAGGGAAAACUAAGCCAAAGUCAUUUUAACAGAGAGUUUAUUAAAGGAGAGUUUCUGGCUAUUGGUGAGCCCAGGUGAGUGGACACAGCAGGUCAAACAGUGGUUUCUUUGCCCCAGAGGGCCCAGCCACACUCUCCCCCUGAAAGCCUGUGGAGAUGAAGCUCUUAGUAUCCAGCCAAAGCUGCUUGGCUGUGAUCCGCCCGCGGCUUAACAUAGGACCCACUCUGCUCUACUCCUGGCUUUAUGGAGCAGCACACUGGCAGGGAUAGGUCUAGACCCUCUCUUUCCUGGUCCUCCGCUGGCGCUAGCACCAGAUAACCCUAGGUGCCCAGUGGGCUCCAUGUGGAGGUAGUUUCUGUUCUUUAGCCAGGCAUGAAUGGUAUUUGCUUGCUAACAGGUGGCUUUGGUUUUUAUCAGUCAGACAGGUGGAGACAGGCAUAGGUGAUGGUGAAAGCGGAAUAUGAAGUAAGGUGGACAGAGAAGGGAGGGUGGCAGGACCUGGUAACUAGCUGGCUGGGGUGGUGAUGGGAAGGAAGGAGUCCAUGUUGUCUCCAAGCUUUCACACCUGGGUAACUGGGUAAAAGUGGUGUCAGCAAGAGCAACACGUCCAGGAACGCCAGGCUGGAGCUUCUGCUGUACCUAGUUCACCAAUGUAAAGAAUUUACAUUGUAUUCAGUAAACUACACUUGACAGUGUCUAAAAAAAAGUCUCCUGUGAGUGGGACAGUCUGGUGGACACACCCCUGUUUCACAGCCUGUUUCUUAUGUCCAGGUGCUUGUCAAGGUCUCCUUCCCCAGGCCUCUAAGCCCCUCUGAGAACAUAGCCUGCUUUUCUGGCUUCUGAAAGAUUACACACAGGAGCUUGCUCACUCUUGCUUUCUAUCUUGAAGAUCCCUUCCAACUUUAAUUGGAAUCCUAUUCCUAUUCUGUUCUACCCGACCCACGCCGGGAUGCUCCCCUCAGGAAACAUCCCUGGAUCGCACUGAGUGGGGGCUCCUUCAGUCUGGCUCAAGGGCGAUGCUGUGCAGGCUACAGUGAAAAGGCCUUCGGGACCAUCAGACCUGGGUUGUGAUUGGGGUGACUGAGGUAGCCUUUCUCUGGGGAUGGUGGAGAAAAAGACUUCCCAAAGCCUGACACCCAGGGUCCCUUUGCCUUUUGGAGCCUCUUGGUCUUCUCUGCUGAGUUGAAAGGCUGAGGCCCAGGAAGGGCAAGGCCUGUGUGUUUUAGUAGACAAGCCUCCCUCCCCUGCCCAGGUCAGGUUUCCUAUGCCUAAGGCUACAGCCCCUCUGAGCUCUUGUUCUCCAUUCCUGCCCCCCACCAUCAUCCUUUCAACAGUUGAGUGCCUACUGUGAACCAGGCAUUGCACUUGGCACCAGAGGUUCUUGCCUGCCACCUCCCUCUCUGCUGCUGCCCCAGGCCUGCUCUGCAGUGACUCAACCCCUCUUUCCCCUAGCUGUAGCUCAGUAAGCUAAGCGUGGGGUUAGGGGAGGGAGUGUUGGCUUCAGUGACAGCCAUAAACUCAAAGUUCCUGGAAGAUCUACCAUUGCUGAAUAGGGGCCAGUAGUGGAGUUGUAGGCUUGGAGGGGUCCAAGGCCAAGUUCUCCCAUUGGCUUUGCCUAGAGAAGCAUGGAACUGCCUUUCAUUCUCUACUCCUACCUUGUCCGUCCCCUUCAUGGGUCCUCUUGCCUCCUUCCCCACAUCCUGUCUCACAAAGCUGACCAGUCUCUUGAUUCUUUCCAGGAAGAAACCACAUUUUUUUUCCAGCUAGCAUCCUCUUCUAGAGUGGAACAGCAGAGGGUGGCUUUUGGAGUGGAAAUGUUGCUGGGUGGUGAGAAGGUGUAGUUGCUCCACUGAUGGCCAGUAGGGUCUUGAGGUCUGUUUCUGGAUCACCACUGCUGUUUGUAAUUUGUCGACUGAGGAGAGACAGACAGCAAAAAAAACAGGUUAGUUUAGAAGUUUCUGAGAGUGAUGUCAGUAAGAUGAUGGAGUAGGCAGCUCCAAGCUCCUGUCCCCCGAUAGAAACAUUGAAAAACAAGCAGAAGCUGUUAGACCCAACUUCGUCAGAACUCUGGAAAAUUCCAGAGCUGAAAAGUACAGUAACAGAAGCAAGCAAAUGCUUAAUCAAGAAAAAGGCAACUUAAAAACAAUAGGAAAGCUUUGCGGCCUUUUUGCUUGCACGUGCUUCACCCCCUCCCUGUUCAGCAGUCUUGAAGACAGCAGCCCACAGUCCCAGUGUGGGUUCCCAGUUCUGGAGGGGGCAAAGUAGACCUUUGCAAAUUAUUGUGUCCAUCUGUUCUAACCUGUCUAGGGGCUACCUGAAGGACUGACAGAAAGCACUUGUUCGUUUCAACUAUCUUAAACUCAGAGCAGAAAAGCAGCAGGCAUUGCUUAAAAACACUGCUAAGGUCAAUAAUCAAUCCAUAGCCACUUGGGGCAGUUGAGACAUAUAACUAAGGCCUGGGAGGAGAAGCCAGGGAAAGAAUGUCUUUGGGAAAUUAGAACAUUCAAAAGCCCUCAAGUAUAAAUAUGGAUGGGGCACUGACCACGUUAGCCACAGUGGAUUAGUGUUGUUGUUGUUAUAGGUAUUCUACUUUUGUAAAAACAAACCCUGUGUAUUAAUAGAAGAAAAAAAAAAGAAUGUAACCAAUGUCACUGAACAAUAUGUAGAAAUUGUUGAAUGGGAACCUGUUUUGCUAUGUACACUUUCACCAAAAAUAAAAUAAAACCUAGCCAUCUAUGGACAACUGAUUUUCGACACGGGGUCCAAGUCCACUCAAUGGGGGAAAAAGCAGCCUUUUUAAUAAAUGGUGCUGGCAAAACUGGAUAUCCACUUACAGAAGAAUGAAACAGAACCCAUACCUCACACCACACACAAAAAUUAACUCAAAAUGGAUCCAAUACCUAAACGUUAAACCUAAAAGUAUGGGAGAAAAGUAUGGGACCUAAUCUUUUGUAAAAAUAGGAUAAUAAACAAAUGCACAAAUAGAAGACAAAACAGAUAAAUGGGACCUCAAAAAUUAAAAAAUUAUUCUCAUCAAAAGAC